AUGGUGAGCCAUUUCCCGGGCGUCGCCGGCGCCUCGUCACGGGCAGCGCUGCUGGGAGGUGCAUGCCUCGUCACUGCAGCAGCAGCUGCAGCGCUCUGGCCGCUGGUCAGGACGGCCACGGGAGGCAGGGAGAACCUGCCCGUUACCUCUCCGCGCCGCAAGGUUCUGGAUUCUCUAUCGGAGGAGCAAAUCACGAGCCUUCCCUAUCCGCCAGAUAUUUUGCCGGGCGGGAGAGACGUCGCGACUCCGUAUGGCUCGAUCCGUGUGUUUGAGUGGGGUCCCGAGGAUGGAGACAAGAUGCUCUUCCUUCACGGCAUCAGCACGCCCACCAUUUCGCAGGGAGACCUCGCGCACGAAAUGGUGGCAAAGGGGUAUCGAGUCAUGUUAUUUGAUCUCUUUGGGCGCGGUUAUUCUGAUGCUCCUGCCGACGUGCCCUACGAUGCCCGACUCUACACGACGCAGAUUCUGCUCGUGCUGGCCUCUUCAUCGUUGGCAUGGUCUUGUUUCCAUCUCGUGGGAUACUCCCUUGGAGGUGGCCUGGCCGUCUCCUUUGCACGGUACUUUCCACAUCGACUGAAAUCGCUGACUCUGGUCGCGGGCGGCGGUUUGGUCCGUCGAUACCAUGUAGGCUGGCAAAGCUGGUUCCUGUAUAACUCGGGACUCCUUCCUGAAUCGCUGGUCCGCCGGCUCGUCAAGCGUCGCAUCAGACCGUCCGCCGAACCGCCAAAAGCCGCGGGCGGGGCGGACCUCGUCGCGGCGGAGAGCCACAGCCAGGGUGGUCAGCAUCGGCGAACCGGCGGAAACAGUGAUGCAAACGGCGGGCCGGGGUUCGAUAGCGCCUCCAUCUCACGAAGACGACCCCACGUGAGUGUGUCCAGCGUCGUAGCGUGGCAGGUUGAUCACCACCCAGGUUUCGUCACGGCAUUUCUAAGCACUAUCCGGAAUGCGCCCAUAUACGAGGCCUACGAGGACUGGAAGGCCUUGGGGCCUAUACUCGCGGAGAGAAGACAAGUGGACACUAGCAUUAAGCCGUCUGGGUUAUCUAAUGGCCAGGUAUUACUGGUGCUCGGCAAAACUGAUCCGGUAGUGGUGCCCUCGGAAACAAUAGAAGACGCGGAACGAAUCCUGGGUAAAGAAGGCGUACAUUCGGUAGUAUUAGAAGCUGGCCAUGAACUGCCCAUCUCGUUGAGUCAGGAGGUGGGUGACUGCAUAGACACAUUUGUACGAAGACAAAUUCCCUAG